UGAUUUUGCAUGCAUAGAGCGAAAAUACACGGCAAGGAAGAAAGGAAGAGAGAAAGAGAGAGAGGGAUGAACGACGUAUUUCUUCAAUAGAAGAAAUAUAUGUAGAAUCCAGUUAAUCAAGGACAAGGAGGCACGUAAAUUAUUCGCGACUUUCGGCACGUUUUUUACCUACGUCACGCGGUCGGCCGAUGUCAGAGCUGGCUCGAGGCAAGGCCGAGUCGUAACGUAACUCGAAACGAGCGAGGAUCGAGCGCGCGAUCGUGUCGAGUCGUUCAUGGCUACUUAUGUCGGCGUCGCAGUAAUCCCUGACGUGUAAACAAUUCGCGCGAAGUCACGUUUGUCAUCCGGAGUGACGAUGAUGCUUCUCCGUUAUGUAAGUUACGUAUGAAGGAAUGCUAUGGUGAGGAAAAAGUGUAUGAGACUCUCACACGACUCAUCUCCCGCAACGGAUGGUGGCUCCCAAAAAUGACUGACUCGACAUCCUCCGCCGCUGCUUCUAUUUUCGUCAGGAUAUUCAGCAACGUGUCGACUCUCCUAAAAUGUGUCACUCGAACAGUAUUUGUGAUAAUAAACAAUGUCUAUUGCAUACCCACAUAUGUGGUGUGGAUGAUGUUGUUGUUUCCAGUAAAAAUAUAUCAACCUCAAGUAUAUUGGCGAAUCGAAGGCCUAUUUUUUCAUUGGCUAUUGGCGAUGGUGUCGAUGUGGACUUGGACCGCAGGUUACGACAUAAUAGAGCAAGGUGAUGACAUACAGAAGAUCAUAAAUGAGAAAACGUUAGUUAUAGCGAAUCAUCAGAGUACUGGUGAUGUUCCUGUGUUAAUGACAUCAUUUAACGCCAAACCAAACGUCCUACCUAAUUUAAUGUGGAUAAUGGAUCGAGUAUUCAAAUUCACCAACUUCGGAAUAGUCUCUAUACUACAUCAAGAUUUUUUUAUUGUAUCAGGUCGUAAGCGAAGAGAGGAGAGUUUAAAACAAUUGGAGAAACAUCUCACGGAGUCCUACAUACCACGCAACAGAAAAUGGAUGGUACUUUUCCCAGAAGGAGGUUUCCUCUGCAAGAGACGAGAAACCUCGCAGAAGUAUGCCAAGAAAAAUAACCUGCCCAUCCUCGAAAAUGUAACUCUGCCAAGAGUAGGAGCUAUGCAAACGAUAUUUGAUGUUCUCGGACCAGACACGCAGGAUCAGCAGUUAAACAACCGACCAAAUAUGACAGUAGCUAAGCCAGAAAUUAGCUGGGUCCUCGAUAUAACGAUAGCGUACCCGCAAGGUAAACCACUCGACUUACCUACCAUUAUAACUGGCUCACGACCUCCAUGCGAGACAGUAUUAUUCUACCGAGUUUUUCCUAGUUCAGUGGUUCCCCGUGAGCCGGAACAAUUGUCCAAAUGGUUAUACGACAGAUGGGUGGAGAAGGAAGCGCUUUUGGAACAUUUUUAUAAGCAUGGAACGUUUCUUAACACGAAUGGGUCACACAGAGGCGGCUCCAAAGUACAUCAGGAUCCGUUAAGAUUCCUAGUCCUUCAUUGCUUCUUCAUAAUGUCUAGUUAUAUACACUACAGUAUGCUUGCGUACGUACUAUCCUGUUUUUGGUAAGAAGAGUUUUAUACGCUCACGCAUUUACAAUGGUCCAGUUUAGAAAAGAACGAACAACAACAAAUCGCAAGAGUAACGCAAUAAAAUCUCCUUGCCUUAAAUCUUCAUUUCGACGUUCGCAAACACGCGAUUGUGAUCAAACGCGCGGAAUUGUUGAAUCGUGUUAGAAAAAUCAUUUGUAAUGCUCAGUUUUACUCGAUAAUUAAUGCAUAAUUUGCAAAGUUGGCUCGUUUUAGAUUUAGCCUCAAUGCGUUCCAAUUUUGACCUAUUCGCAAAUCCCCGAGAGAGACAUCGUCACGCUCGUUUUUUCGCAAGUUUUGCAAUCUCGAAAUUGUUUUAUCACACUUUUUACGCUGCACAAGAUAGUUGCAAGUUAUUUUCAUGAAUCAAUAUGUCCUACAACUUUAUAACGAAAGCAAAAUUGUCGGUAGCAUCGAUUUAUAGAUUUGUUUUCCUCACUUGGAGCAUUAUGGAAUACAAGUGUUUCACUGUAAAUUUUAAUAAAAUGCUGGACGCACGUGAAAAUAAAUCUCUGAGCUGUAAUGUUAAAUGUCAUGUGAUCUCUCUAUCUUUCUCUGACACAGAGUCACUCACUCACUCGCUCACACUUUUUUCUCUCCUUCCCCCUCUCUGUCGUGGAGACGAUGCAAUACUUUACAAACUUGCGACUGCUUACGUACGAUAUUUAGAUUAUUGUUUAGUGACACACGAGCAAUUUAACGGCCAUUAAUUUUCACUAUUAUAUUACACGUCGCGUAAAACACCAUGUACGAUUUUAUAAAAUAAUCAAAGUUUAAAUAAUUCACGAUACUAUGACAUUUACGUACGGACCUGUCUGCGCACCGCGCGUGUCCGAAGCCUGGCAGCGUUGUAAAAAAAAAUCUUUAUAUACGAUAUCCCACGUCUCGCAUGUAUGUUUUAUAAUAAUAAUGAUGUAAGUCGAAUGUUGCGUAGGAUAUUACGUACGUUCCACAAAUGAAAUGAGAAUUUCGACGUUAUAUAAUAGCGAAAAAACUGGUGCUGUGCGAAACGGUAAUAGAAAAUCACUCGAAAAAGCAUCCACUCAUUUGUGAUACGAUGAUAGCGAGGAGGAUAUUUUUCAAAAAUAAAAUGAAGUCUACUUCAGCAGACGUAAUUUUUUAAUAUCUAGAAAUUUUCUAACGAUAAGUUUCAUGUAAUAAGAUAUUUAAGAUUCGUGUAAUAGAUCUAUAUCGGUACGAGCUAGAGUUACAUUAGCGGAAAAUACAUAUGAAAUGCAUGACUGUUUGAAAGCUGAAGGGGGAAAUAAAAAAGACAUUUUAUCGAA